AAAAAUGAAAAUUGUUUGAUGAUCAUAGGUUUCGGAAUUUUAACAAAAAAUAGAAAUGAUUUAUACGAACAAUUAUUGUCUGCCGUAAUGCCAAUGGGAUUUCUUCUGACAUUGGAAGAGUUAGAUGUUAUUCACGAUUAUUCAUGUCUGGACAAUUAUGGAUUAAAAGUAAUUUUGGAAAAAUGCACCAACGAUAAGAAAAUUAUAUUAUUAAGAAAAAUACAAGAUUUUAAGACGAUUCAGCAGAUUGUGUAUGUAAACAAUCGCGAAUUCUCAUGGGUAAAUAAAAUUAAAUCAAUCAUGAACGUGGAAAAUGACAACAUAAAUACGAGGAUUAUAAUCGUCGCAGAAGGAGACUUCGAAUGCGGUCUGCUCGGUUUUGUCAAUUGUUUGCGAAAAGAAUCGGAUGGGGAAAUGAUUAGAAGUGUAUUUAUUCAAGAUGAAAAUGCACUUGCUUUUUCAUUGCAAGAAUCGUUAUACAUGACGCAGCUACAGCUGGAUUUACCCAUCAAUGUUAUACGUUCCGGUAUUUGGGGAUCUUACAGACAUUUUCCAUUACCAUUAUUAGAACCAAAACUCGUAGAGAGUGCUUAUGUUUCUCAAAUGGUGCGAGGUGAUCUGAGUACUCUUUGUUGGAUGCAAAGUAGGAUAUCUUUCGUCAACAAUAAUGAAGAAAAUCUAGUAAGAGUAGUCUAUGCAUCUAUCAAUUUUAGAGAUGUCAUGAUAGCUAGCGGUAGACUCACCAUUGAAUCUAUUACAACCGAACGAAAUAAUAAUUCUUUAAUUGGAAUGGAAUUUGCUGGUUUUAAUAAAACUGGGAAAAGAAUAAUGGGAUUAUGUUCAACAGGAGGAAUGACAAAUAUUCUCAUAACUGACAAAUAUCUUAGUUGGAUCAUACCUGACAUGUGGACGAUGGAAGACGCUGCGACGGUUCCUUGUGUAUAUAGCACGUGUUAUUACGCUUUGUAUUUGACUGGUAAAAUGAAAAAAGAUGAUAAAGUGUUGAUUCACUCUGGUACGGGAGGUGUUGGUCAAGCUGCUAUUCAUCUUGCCAUUUACGAGGGUUGCGAAGUGUUUACGACGGUUGGGAGUAUCGAGAAACGAGAUUUUAUAAGAAAAACGUUUCCCUCUAUUCCCGAGGAUCACAUCGGAAACUCUCGUGAUACGAGCUUUGAACAAAUGAUUAUUCAGGGAACGAAAGGUCGCGGAGUAAAUAUCGUAUUAAAUUCUUUAGCUGAAGAGAAACUGCAAGCGUCUGUCCGUUGCUUAGCAAAGGGUGGUCGUUUUCUCGAGAUUGGAAAGUUUGAUAUGGUUUCCAAUAAUCCUCUAGAAAUAUUUGCAUUUUCAAAAGGUAUUAGUUUUCAUGGCAUUUUAUUGGAUAAGUUAUUUUCUGCAGAACCAGAGAGUAAAGCAAUAAUGUGGAAUAAAUUAAAAGAAGGCUUCAAGAAUGGCGCCAUCAAACCGUUAUGCAGAAAAGUUUUUGAAAAGCAUGAAAUAGAAACUGCGUUUAGAUAUAUGGCUGCUGGAAAGCAUAUUGGAAAGAUAAUGAUAAAAGUUCAAAGAGAAAAUGAACUGGAUGCAGCUAUACUUGCAUAUCCCCGGUACUAUUGCCUGGAACACAAAUGCUAUAUCGUUAUAGGUGGUCUGGGAGGUUUUGGUCUAGAAUUAACUGAUUGGUUAAUUUUACGUGGCGCAAGAAACUUAGUAUUGACUUCGCGAACUGGAAUAAAAAACGGUUAUCAGCAAUCAAGAAUAACAUUAUGGCAAUCUUACGGUGUGAAUGUGCAAAUCGUUACAGCUGCUGAUACUUCGAAAUACGAAGACUGUAAAUUUAUAUUGAAAUUUGCCGAAGAACAAGGUCCUGUGGAUGCUAUAUUCAAUCUCGCAGUUGUGUUGAAAGAUGACAUAUUAAAGAAUCAGUCCUCACAAGCAUUCAAAGAUUCUUUUAUAUCAAAGGCAUGGACGACGAAAAGGAUGGACAAAUUAUCGAGAACAAUUUGUCCCAAGCUCCGACAUUUUGUCGUUUUUUCUUCCGUUUCAUGCGGAAGAGGUAACGCGGGCCAAACAAAUUACGGAAUGGCAAAUUCCGUAAUGGAAAGAAUUUGUGAAAGAAGAAUGAAAGAUGAUUUACAUGGUUUGGCUAUACAGUGGGGCGCGAUUGGUGAUGUUGGACUUGUCGCAGAUAUGCAAGAAGACGAUAAAGAACUUGUUAUUGGUGGUACAUUGCAACAAGGAAUAUCCUCCUGCUUGGACACAUUAGAAGUGUUCUUGCUACAAGAGCGGCCAAUCGUAAGCAGCAUGGUUGUUGCUGAGAAAAAAAAAGGUUCUGGCGAAGCAACGAAUCCAUUUAAAGCAGUUGUAAACAUUAUGGGAUUAAAGAAUCCAAACAUGGCGGCGUCAAACAUGUCACUGGCUGAACUAGGCAUGGAUUCAAUGAUGGCAGUGGAGAUUAAACAGACAUUGGAGAGGGAAUUCGAUAUUUUAUUGACGGCACAAGAUAUUCGAAAUCUCACUUUUGCAAAACUUAGAAAAUUAACAAAUACAACUGAACAAGAAAAGAUGUACCAAGAAGAUGUAACAGAAGCUAAUGUAAAUGAUUUGGAUAGUUUAAAAAUAUUGACUCGAAAACUUAACGAUUCAGACUUGAGUCCAGACAUUUGUGUAAAACUCGCUACAGAGAGGAAAGUUGCUGGGAGUGAAAUAUUUCUUAUACCAGGAAUCGACGGGUGUGCAAGUGUAUAUAAACUAAUAGGAUCGAAAAUUAAAUCUUCGGCGAUAUGUUUGCAACAUGGUGUACUUAAUAUGCCAGGUGUUACUUCGUCAGUAAUGAAAUCAGCAGCAUAUCUUCUGCCUCACGUAUUGGAGAAAAUACAAAGUGGAAAAGAAUUUCUAAUUAUCGGUUAUUCAUUUGGAUCUUUAAUUGCCAUUGAAUUAGCGAGAUUAUUAGAAGCUGAGAAUUUCUCUGGACGUUUAAUACUUAUAGAUGGAGCUCCUGAUCAAAUAAAAUUCUUGCUUAAGAAAUUUUUUUAUCAUACUAUAGAACAAGAGAUACAAAAUAAUGUUUUACUUUUUUUAAUCCAAUUGUAUCUUGAUUCUAACAUUAAAACGCUUGCAUUAGAACUAAAUAAGUGCAAUACGUGGGAAGAGAAAUUAGAAUUAGUUUCUGCUUGCUUUUCCAAGGAUAUCAUUGAAUUAACGGUUGAAAAUCAUAAACUUUUAUGUUCAACGAUUUACGAUCAUAUAAUCGCUAUACAAGAUUAUAAUAUAACAUCAUUGCCACGUCUGAAAUCAUCUAUAAUCUUAUUAAAACCCACACGUGCGCCUAUCAUUGUUCCUGAAGAAGAUUAUGGUCUACGUAAAGUUACCAAAAGUGCAGUACAAAUACAUUACGUGGAAGGUACUCAUAUCACAAUAAUGAACAAUGACGAAGUAGUAUCACUUAUUAACAAAGCAUUAUAAAUUAUAAGAAGUAAUUAAA